GGACUGUACCACAAAAAUGGCUGCUGUAGGUGACAACACCUCAUCAGUCGCAGAAAAGUUUAAACAUUUAUCUAUCGAAAACAAAACGGGCUUUGGAGCUGCUGAAAAUGAUCAAAUAAAUAUCUUAUCAAACAAUAGUUUACCUUUGCAAGAAGUAUAUAAACUUGCAUUAAACUUUUAUAAAGAAAAAGAAGGUAAAGCUGUUCAUUUAAGUUAUGAAGAUAAAUUGCAGUUAGUUGCCUUUUCGCAACAAGUUUCACACGGUCCUUUAUCAGAAGCAGUAUCAAAGUUACCCCCUUUAGGAGCCUUAGACGUUGUGGGUCGUGACAGACGAUUAGCGUGGCAAAAAUUAGGAAAUUUAGAUGCAGACCAAGCAAGAAGAGGUUUUGUCGAACUACUUUAUAGGCGUUGUCCUUUAUUCAAUGCUUAUACGGAAGCUCAUAGAUGUGAAAAAGAAGAACAAGAAAGACUAAUAGAAGAAGAGAGAAAACGUAGGUUAUUGGAAGAAGAAGAAAGAAAAAAACUAGAAGCUGAAGAAAAAUUGAAACGAGAACAGUUAGAAAAAGAAGAAUUAAUUAAACAGCAAAUAAAACAAGCUCUUAAUCAGCAAACUUAUGAACAAUUUAGGAAUUAUGCUGAGCAACAAUUUCCAGGGGAUCCUGAGAAACAGGGCACGCUAAUUAAACAAUUACAAGAGCAGCAUUACAUUCAGUAUAUGCAGCAAUUGCAGGCAGUUCAUAGGGAUGAAGAAAUAAUACUAAAGGGGACAGAUAAUGAGGUGAAUGCAAAUGAGGAGAAAACUCAGACAACAGAACAAUCUUCUGAUGAUCUAAAUAAUGGUUCUCCUCCUGCACUCUCAUCUCUUUCUGAAACACUUGUACCGGCGAAUAUGUGGACACGAUCAGAUAUUCAGGCAUUUAAACAGGCUGUGUCACAGGCUGAGGGUGAUGGGGUAGUAAGAGUUGGUCAUGGUGAGACUGUAACGGUUAGGGUGCCUACACACAAAGAUGGAUCAAGAAUUUUUUGGGAAUUUGCAACCGAUCAUUAUGAUAUUGGUUUUGGUGUAUAUUUCGAAUUUGGCACUCCAACAUCAAGCGAGGUAUCGGUACAUGUGUCAGAAAGCGAUGAUGAGGACGGCGAAGAUCUAGAUGAUUUGGAUGAUGAAGAUGGUUUAACAGCCCAAGAUCUAGAAGCCGGUUCGUUGCCCAUAAGUGCUUUAGCAAAGCCUCUUCUAACUGAAGUCGUCCCUGUGUAUAGGAGGGAUUGUCAAAAUGAAGUUUAUGCCGGAUCUCAUCAGUACCCCGCCGAAGGAGUCUAUUUACUCAAGUUCGAUAAUUCGUAUUCUCUCUGGAGAUCGAAAACAUUGUAUUACAGGGUUUAUUACAGUCAGUAAGGAUUGUGAGUAUUCCAGAAAGUAUGUUCUGGUAAAGUCACAACAUAAAAUGACCAAUGAAUUUUUUUUCUAUUGAUACAAUGGGAUGUGCGUAGUGUACACAGAAAUGUACAUACAAAAAGAAGUUUAUUGCUCUAAUAUAUUUGUAGAAUAUUGAAAGUGCAAUAUGGGGGAAUGUUAAUGUUUCUUUUGUAUAUUUGUUUCAUGUGUAGGGCAUUAAAUAACAGGAAUAUCAUUUAGUAAAAUAAUAUAAAUUUUGCUUUUAUAUAAAAUUUUCCGUUUAAUGCUAGGAAUGGU